UUCAAUUAAUUUCAUAUGUUGAUAACAUUGGCUUCACUAUUGGCAUUCCAUGGCAUUUAGGCUAACAUACAAAAACUGAGGUUAUAAGGCCAACAAGCAUCAUUUGUAAAAUGAGUUCAAUGCAACAAAUGACUUGCUUAUCAUCUUCCUCUCCUUUUCUUUUCCUCUUUCAUGCUCUUAUAAUCACAUUUCUAACUUUUACCAUCAUUUCAGCUUCAUAUGGUGGCGAAAGUGAGACCGAUCAUCUGGCUUUGCUGGAUAUUAAGUCAUGGAUCACAGAUCCGCACGAAGCUCUAUCAUCAUGGAACAAUUCGAUUCAUUUUUGUGAUUGGAGCGGCGUUACAUGUGGGAAGCGGCACAAAAGAGUGACUUAUUUACGAUUGUCAUCGAAAGGUCUAGAAGGCUCUUUGUCUCCUCAUGUUGGGAACCUUAGCUUCCUCCAUGGGCUUUCUCUCAUUAACAACACCUUUCAAGGAUCCAUCCCUCAUGAACUCGGUCGUCUUUCCAGACUACGCUUCCUUGAUCUUGGAUAUAACAAAUUCAAUGGGUCCAUUCCAACUAGCAUAUCUGGUUGUUCUAACCUGGAACAUAUUGGUCUUUCCUAUAACGAGUUAGCUGGAAGCAUACCCAAGGAGAUUAGUUUCCUCUCCAAACUUACAUUUCUUUCGCUUUCUAAUAAUAAGUUAAGAAAUGGAAUUCCAUCUUUCUUAGGGAAUAUUACAUCAAUGGAGUUGUUCUCUGUUUCUGGAAAUCCUUUGGGUGGGAGUAUCCCAGAUACCUUACGCCAUUGGAAAAAUCUAAAAGAAAUUUACUGUGAAUCUUGUAAUUUAUACGGAACCAUCCCUAACUCCCUUUAUAACCUUUCACUCCUGACUAAUAUUAGCUUGGGUGAUAAUCAACUCAGUGGUAGUCUACCUCAAGACAUGUGUUCAAUGCUCCCUAAUCUUGUCCUCCUACAAUUAUGGGGUAACAACCUAACGGGGCCUCUUCCACCGUCCAUUUCUAAUUGUUCGAGACUAAGACACCUUGAUGUGACUGACAACAAGUUAAGUGGGAAGUUGACAAUCGACUUUGCAAAACUAAGAGAUAUUAGUGUGAUAUCCUUAGGUGAUAACAUCUUUGGAACCAAAGAAGAUGUUGAAUUGAGGUUUAUUGAUUCUUUGAAAAAUUGCACCAGGUUAAAGAGGUUGAGUCUUUAUAAUUGCAAGUUUCAAGGAGUGCUCCCUACAUCAAUAGGUAAUCUUUCUAACCAACUCAAUUAUCUAUCUUUAGAAGAAAACCAGUUACAUGGAAACAUCCCUAAAUCGGUUGGUAAUCUAGUUGGCUUGGAAAUGUUAUCGUUAAAAGGUAACCGUUUCACAGGAAAAAUCCCCUCAACCAUUGGUAACCUUCAAAAGCUGAAAGUAGUUCACUUGAGUGAGAACCAACUUUCAGGGUCGAUUCCUCAUGCCAUUGGAAACUUAUCAAUGUUAAUUUCACUUAAUUUAGGUUUCAACAUAUUGGAAGGGUAUAUUCCAUCAAGCCUAGGAAGUUUUCAUCAUCUAUUAGAGUUGUACCUUAAUGACAAUAAACUUAGUGGGAACAUACCUACACAACUUCUUCAGGUUUCUUCUUUAUCCAUAAAAUUGGAUCUGUCUCGAAACAACCUGUUUGGUUCACUUCCAACCGAGGUUGAAGACCUCAAAAUGUUGAGUGAUCUAGAUUUAUCCGAUAAUAAUCUAUCAGGUAGCAUUCCUAGUAGCCUUGGUGAUUGUGCUAGCUUAUCAAGGUUAUCCCUCAAAGGCAACUUAUUUCAAGGUAUGAUUCCACCGUCAUUAAGUUCCAUGAAAGGAUUGGUGGAACUUGACAUCUCUCACAAUAACUUAUCCGGCCAAAUUCCUCCAUUCUUAGGACGAUUAGGGGCAUAUUUGAACCUAUCUUAUAAUGAUUUUGAGGGUGAAUUACCAAUGUUGGGAGUGUUCGGCAAUGCAAGAGCGUUCUCUAUUUUUGGGAAUAGUCGGCUUUGUGGUGGCCUUGUUGAACUUAGGUUACCCAAAUGCAAUGUGAUGAAGAAACAUAAAAAAAAGUUACCUUUGUUUGUAACUGCCAUUUUGAUUGCAUCUACACUUUUCAUUAUAAUAUGUUUGGCAUACGCUUGGUGUAAGAAGGAAAAAAAUUUGAUUGCAUCUACACUUUUCACUAUAAUAUGUUUGGCAUACGCUUGGUGUAAGAAGAAAAACACGAGCCAUCCGUCUCAUCCUUCAAUGAGCAAACAAUUCAUAAAAGUUUCGUACAAUCAACUUCUCAAGGCUACUAAUGGGUUCUCUGAAGCCAAUUUGAUUGGAAAUGGUGGAUUCAGUUCCGUUUAUAAAGGAACCUUUGGUAAAGGUGAUGGUAGAUUGGUUGCAGUCAAAGUUCUACAUCUUCAAAAUCCAAUAGCUCAAAGAAGCUUUACGAGGGAGUGCGAAGCAUGGCGCAUCGUUCGACAUCGAAACUUGCUGAAGAUAAUAACUUCAUGUUCAAGUGUUGACUUCCAGGGAAAUGAUUUUAAAGCUUUGGUGUAUGAGUUCAUGCCUAAUGGGAGUUUACAUGAUUGGUUGCAUUCAGUUAAAAGUACAUGGAGACUCAACCUUCUUCAGAUAACAAAUAUUCUUACGGAUGUCGCAUGUGCACUUGAUUAUCUUCACAAUCAUUGCAUACCAACCAUUGUUCACGGUGACUUGAAGCCUAGCAACAUUCUACUUGAUGAGGAUAUGGUGGCUCAUGUUGGAGAUUUCGGUUUAGCUCAAUUAUUUGGAAAUUCAUAUCAAAACAGCUCAAUCGGGAUCACAGGAACAAUUGGUUAUGUUGCUCCAGAGUAUGGUCUUGGAAGUGAGAUGACAAAUAGUGGGGAUGUCUAUAGUUUUGGAAUAUUAAUAUUAGAGGUGAUGACUGGGAAAAAGCCAACUGAUGAUAUCUUUGAUGAGGGUCUUAACCUUCACAAGUUUGCUUCCAUGGCGUUGCCGGACCAUGUAACAAAUGUUGUUGAUGGUAACUUUUUACAGGUAUGUCAAAAAGAUGAAUUUGCUAUGCAAAAUCAGGAAGAAAAUGAAAAGAUGAUAAAUGAAUGUCUGGCUUCAAUAGUCAAGAUUGGAGUAGCAUGCUCCUUGGAUUCCCCACAGCAACGGAUGGAUAUCAAAAAGGUUGUACAUGAAUUGCAACAUAUCUCGGAUACACUUCACAAUAUUUGUUACUUUAAGAUAUUGUGCACGUUCUUUCAUGUCUAGCACGAAGAUUGCAAGGGAGUUGAGCGGAACCGCAUCUAAGAAAUGUUGUAUGUGUUUGUUACUUUAUCCGACAAAUUUGUUAUUUUGCUUUAUUUAAUGUUGUCGUGAGUAUGAGUUUCAUGUUAGACUAGUUGUAGUGGGCAUUAUCCCACCACCAUGUCAGCAAAAAUCGGCGCUAACGGCUAAACACUGUUACUGGGGAGCCAUGGAGCUCUCUGCCAAGGCUUUAACGAGCGUGAAGGGGGAAUGGGAGAU